AUGCGCUUGGUCUUCUCUUGCUGUUGGCUUCAGCUUUGUUCUCACCAUACCGUAAUUGAUGCUGCCGUUAUACUCCGAUUAUACGCAAAGUUCAAAGAAAACGAACAAAACUUGCCCUGUACUCUGUACAACGCAAUUGUGGAAUACGAAGAUGGCUCGGAUACCAGCGAAUGGAUGUGUGAAGUCAUUGGGCCAGAUGCCAAGAAUGCUGGGAGCAAAUGGAAGUACGCAACCCUUUCUGUAGAAGGAAUGGAAUUUGUAUUGAAAGCCAAUCCAAACAUUCAAAGUGGCCGUACCACCCUACUUGCACAAGGAGCUCGCUUUAACAACAUCUUUGCUCAAGGUAGUCCCAAGCAAAAGUUGGUCAUUUCGGGGAACAACAAACUUACAUUUGGGGAAGCCGAUCCAGAAGACAUUGGUGAACGAAGAAGGCUCUCUUCUCCAACUGGCGAUCUGUCAAUUCUAGUGGUGCGAGUGACCACUUCUGAUGCUUCCUUGACAAAGCAGAAGGCAGAAAUCAGUGGCGAUUUCUUUGGAACAACAGGAAGCGGGGAUACCAUUAACUUGAAAAGCCUUGUGGAAGGGUGUUCCAAUAACGUUGCCACCAUCAAUCCGGGCUCUGGAACUGGCAGUUUUAAUGUAGGGUGUCAGGACAACGUGGACGCUAUCUUUGAUGUUCAACGCAGCGAUCCCGAUACUACUUACAACUGUGACUGGUUCACCCGCUACCGAUUUAGUACGCCGGGAGAUUUGUGCUAUAGCUAUGGCUAUGGUGACGCCAUACAAAUAUUCCCCACUGUUGACGCCACCAAAACGGCGAAGACGGAAUGCUGUAUUUGCGGCAGAACGGAAGAGACCAUCGUCACAUUCGACAACGAUGUGCAGGACGGAGUCAUGGAUCUGCAACUGCCCAUUAAUGCCGUUGGGAAUACUCAUACAACGCUCGAGAAUGCUGCUGUCGAAGAGCUGAAGAGUCUUUUUUCUGUCGACAGGCUUGAUUCUCUAUUUGACAAUGUCAUGUUGUGCUUGCCCAAAGGGUCCUAUUCCAAUGGAGACACAAGCCAGACCAACUGGCUCGCGUAUGCCUAUAUCGGAGGGUCUGUCAGUGUGUUUAAUGGCGAUAAAUGGUGUGCCAAUGAAGUCACUCAAUUGCAUGAGUUGGGACAUAAUUGGAGACUUCAACAUGCAUCACAAGGCACUGCUACGUACGGAGACUUGACUGGGGCCAUGGGCUCUACAUACGGAAGGGGUGAUGAUGUCGCUGAAGGAAACAGAAUGUGUUUCAAUGGUGCUCACUCGUGGCAACUUGGUUGGUACACUCAAUACAACCUAGAGAUCGAUCCAUUGGCGACGAAUUUUGAUGGAACUCUAGUUGGAGCCGACCGAGUUCCAAAUGUGUUGGCUAGCGAGAAUGUUGUCUUGAAACUUGUCAACUCGCAGGAGGACUACUAUCUCAUCUUCAAUCACGCGGUGGGAGCGAACGACGGUACCACUGAGGCUGACAAUCGAGUCACAAUUACGACCAAGACAACCAAUAGUGCAGCAAAGACAUUUUUGAUAGGAGAUCUUAGUCAAGGUGCUUCUAUGACAUUUUCCGCCUGGGCUGGUACUGCAGAGUCGGUAACAGUUUUGGUAACAUCUAUUGACACUGCUGCGGCCACUGGUAAUGCAAAGGUAGAAGUGUGGAAAGGGCUGCUUGGAGAUCGGCCCUCAUCGGUACCUACCCCUACGCCGCCACCCACAAGUGCACCAGUAUCCAAUCCGAGUAGCGAGCCAAGUGGUGCACCAUCAUCGGUACCUACCCCUACGCCGCCACCCACAAGUGCACCAGUAUCCAAUCCAAGUAGCGAGCCAAGUGGUACACCAUCAUCGGUACCUACCCCAACGCCACCACCCACAAGUGGACCAACAUCCAAUCCAAGUAGUGAGCCAAGUGGUGCACCAUCAUCGGUACCUACCCCUACGCCGCCACCUACAAGUGCACCAGUAUCCAAUCCGAGUAGUGAGCCAAGUGGUACACCAUCAUCGGUACCUACCCCUACGCCGCCACCUACAAGUGCACCAGUAUCCAAUCCGAGUAGUGAGCCAAGUGGUGCACCAUCAUCGGUACCUACCCCUACGCCGCCACCCACAAGUGCACCAACAUUCAAUCCAAGUAGUGAACCAAGCGGUGCACCAUCAUCUAUACCUACUCCAACUCCACCACCUACAAGUGCCCCAUCAUUGCUGCCUACAAAUACUCCGCCGGGCAACAGCGGCAACGGUGGUGGGGGUGGCAACAGCAACGGCAAGAAACCGAAAUAA